CUUUGGCGGGACCGCGGAGCCUUUGGAGUUCGGAGCUCGGCGAGCCGCCAAAAGUCGAGUCCGGCACGUCCACCGCACGUCAAAACUCACGUUCAGAGAAAGUGACACUCUCUCACAGCCAAUUGCACACCGAACCGACAGCAUUUGCCAGGCCCUAUCUAUCGUUGACUUGGUUCGCAAUCAGUUUGAAUCCAACGGGUCACUUUUAUCUACCAUUCAGCAUGGAUGUCCAGCAACCAUCAGACGCGCCCGAGUCCUUGUCCUACGCUACCAUGAAGGAGGAGCUCCUUAGUGUUGAUCCAUAUCAACGACUAGGAGUAAGUAUUGGAAGGCGCAUGAUGGCUACAGGUGCUACUGCCUUUGGCGUAGGCUUGUGUCUCGGAUUCUCCAAAGGCAACACCACGUCGGCCUAUCGUUUCCGCGCGGAGAACGCUCAUCGACAGCCUUUGACCUCAAUGGCGUGGUGGCAAUACCAUAAGACUCGGAGAUAUGUUGCUACCGUCGCAGGCAUGCGAGAGGGACUUAGAAUGGGAUCCAGAUUAGGCGGUAGUGCCAUGGUCUUCACCGUCUUUGAGGAUAUCGUGGACAGUGCCCGACACGGCCAACGGGAUUUUCUGUCGACGGUUGUAGCAGGCUUGUCAUUCUCAGGCAUCUACAGCCUCUUAGCCCGUCAUGAUGUCUUCACUGCAGCCCGUACCGCCAAACUUGGUCUGAAAUUAGGCCUGACAUACGGACUGCUUCAAGACGGCCUUGCAUACUUGAAGGGCAACCCGCCCGCCUAUGUCAGAUUUAUCAUGGGCAAACCUCAAUCGAAGGCCGAGUGAUGAUAUUGAAGAUCACACAGCCCUUUUUUCCGAUAUGAAAGCUCUACAUCAGAGCCACAGGCCCAGAUUCUUUGGAUACAUAUUCAAACCUACUGCCUUGCCCAGCACAG